AUGGAUAAUGAGGAUAAUCGAGUAUUGAAACGGCGGGGCAGACCAAAGAAGUCUCAUUCAAAUGAAGAGCUAAUAGCUCCCGAAUUUUGCAAGCCAUUUAAGCUCCUAAAAAUGUGUGUUUUGGACAAUAAAAACCACAAUAUUCGUCCCUGGUGGAUAGCUGAAUUUGAUGGGCCAAUCGACUUCAAAAUACUGACUACAUCUAUUCGUCACUGGAAGGUAUUGCACAUUGACAAUUAUUGUCCACAAUAUGAUGUAGAAGUUACUGUACCCCGUUCUAGGGGCAGACCCAAGGGUAGCGUAUCUAAAAGGAGAGUUUUAGAAGAUAUUGAUAGUUUUGAGAGCAGCGAGAAGGCGGAUGGAAAUGAUUAG